AUGAACACCCCGCUGAAGCCUCCCAAAUCUCUGUCGAAGGGGUCUCCCAGGGCCACUCCUACAAAAGGAAGUCCUGUGCCACUUCAAAAGCAACACUCUGAGCUCAUGGCCAGGUCCAAUAGUCUUGCGAGGGAAUACGCUCAGCUUGAGCAGGAGCUCAACAACAAGAACGCCUUGGUGGAAGAACUCUCUACGAAGGUGGCAAACACAGAGCGCAUGUUGAAAGCGCUUCAGGAGGAACGUCGCAACGAGCUGGCUCUCUACGAAAAAGAGAUCGCGUUCUACAAGGACACAAUUGCUGAUUUACAGAGGAAGUCGCUGAAAUACCUACAACAGCUUGAGCACGGCCGGUCCCACUCGCAUCAGGUGUCGCAGGAGCUCGAUGAGAAGUACGCUAAAUUACUCAAAUCGGUGAAGGUGUUGCAGCUGGAUCUCGAGUUGGAACGCAACCUGAAAGCGUUGCUCAUUGACCAGAUCGAGUAUUUGACCAAAGAGCGUGAUUUCUUGAUCGAUCAUCACAACGCCUCCUCCUCCGAAGAAAAAGCUGCUCUAAGCAAUGCUACGUCGAGAAUAGCUUCUGGCAAUUCAGUCUUGCGCCACGAUAUUACCCCUUCAGCGCCAAACAACGCUACUUUUGACGAUGAUUCGAAUUCUGACAACAGCGUUCAUGAAAACCAUAUGUUGAGCAGUUUGGCGGAAGAUUUGGCUACUGGAACUGGCUGCGAUGCAGUGGACACAUCUUCACCAAUCAAGGACCACUCUUACAAGGAAGACAGCUUCAUGAACGUGGCACAAAACUUCCAGUUUCCUCCUUCUCCGGAGAAAAUGCCAGCUCCAGAAUCUAGACUUCCCCCAUCUCCAGACUCAGAUGCAAAAUACAGAAAGAGAAUCUCACUUCCAACGCAGCUUAAGCAGCAUGAUGAUUUCGUGCUCUCUCCUUUAAAAUUGACGAGUAACGCGAACGGUUCCUACUUCGAGACCGAGGGUUCUGUUCCAUCCUCCAAGCGAUCCAGCAAGAGACAUUCCAUGUUGAAACCAAACCAUUCCAGGUACAACUCACAUGAUUUCGUACCUAUCAAGGUUGAGUUUGAGCAGCAAAAUGAUCUGUACAGAAGUGCUUCCGCCCCCGUGAGAGGACACUUGAACAAUCUUGAUGAAGCAGACGAAGAUACACAAGAGGCGGAUCGCAACGAAGCCUUGAGAAAACUACAGGGGUUUGAACCUUCGAAACGCGACUCUAUGCUCUCGAGUUCGUCCAAGCGUUCUAGUAUGUACACAGAUCUCAAUAUUCUGAGUGGCGACAUCACUAAGCAAGAGAUCAUGAAGCUCAAGUUCGAAUUGCAGUCGCUCAAAUUGCACAACGAAAAGCUAUUGUCUUAUAUUGGAUUUGAACUUCAGAAGCAGAAGAAAAACAUCAAGAAACUAUCGAGCCGAAGUAACUUACGUGGCAACAUGGAGUAUUCUGACGCCAAGUUGAUCGAGAAGCUGCGGGACAUGUUAAUUCAGAAGAAAAGAGUGCUCCGCUCUGUAUCUGUCAACCCUAUUCUAUCAACAAAACUAUCCAAGCCGCUCAAUUUGUUUGAACCGACGGUUGGAUUAGGCCUCAUAAAUUCUCCGAGCCAAGAGGAUGAGGACGAUGAUGAUUUUGUGUUCAAGAGUCAUUUUAUAAACUCGCUCACUAACGCAGAUUGUGACGAUUACGGCUUUUUAUCACACCAUCGCAAGCAUAGUCUGAGACUUUUUUCGAAUAACACGCAGCAGUACCUCAAUGAAGCGGAUGCAAAGCAGCCGAAGAAGUUCAAGUCGCAAACGUUUGCGCCACCACUGGAGUCACAAGAAGAUCUCUUCUCUCAAUUCGAAACAGAUUGGGAGCAGAGUAUAGAUGGCGAUGAUGAGCAAGAGGAUGGAGAGGAGUGGGAGAGUACAGCCAGUGAAAGGUCGAGUGGAAGCGAAAUUGACUACGCCAAGCUCAACACCCUCAACCAACUCCGGUAUCUUAUCAUGGGCAAGGAGCACUUCCGUAGGAAACGCCGGAGCGAGGAAGAGCCAUUGGUUGAUGAAACGUUGAAAUAUAAAUUUCUCACUGUUGUGAUUGGCAUAACGGUGUUGGGACUACGAUUCACAGCGCAUCCGCAGCAGCAUAAUUAA